CGACUUCAUUCACCCAUGUGUGGUGAAAGAAACCCUCUUACCCACGAUAGGGUCUCCGACUCCCAUGUCCGUUACCCUAGGGGAUGACAAGACCCAAUGCUCCUUCGAUCAUACGGUCACCGACCUCCCUUUCUUCCUCACUCUCGAGCCGACUGAUCGUCCCCCGGCGUCUCAUCGCCACCGCUCCUCUGCGCAUUUCGAUGUGAUGGAGACGGGAUACGACUUCAUUCUCGGCACUCCGUGGUCUCGUCGGUUUGGCAGCACGGAGGCCGAUUGGGCGACCAACACUCUCGUUCUGAAAACGAAGUGUGGACAGACGUAUCGCGUACCUUUCAUAGGUACCACUGCGACACCACGCCCCGAUCCCCCUUCCCCGGAGCCUUCCGUGCCCACACCACCUCCUUCUAUCACUGUCACCUCGCCUCGGCAGUUCGCCCACUUCAUCCGACAGGACGACGUCACCUUCUUUAUGGUGAACGUGACAGAUCUCUUACACUAUGAUCCACCCUUUACCGACGCCGAGUUCAUCCCUCUAGAGCCAGAUCCUCCUUCUAUCUCCAUGGCUCCCAUCUCUACUUCCGUCCCUCCGCCGUCCGUCGAGUCCACCCCGUCGUCGCGUGCUGACGCUGACGCUGAGGAACUCACACGAUAUACGGCCGACCUGAAGCCCGCAGUUCGUGACCUCAUCCGAGAGUACCAUGACGUUUUCCUAUCUUCGUUCUCGUACGCCGACAUCCCACUGAUGCGUGACGUCGAGCACUCCAUCCAGCUUUUGUCUGACUAUCGUGUUCACCACCAGGCACCCUACAGACUCUCGAUCCCUGAGGCCACCGAACUCAAGGGUCAGCUUGAGGAGCUCCUGGCAUUGGGUUUCAUUAAACCCAACAACUCCCCGUGGGGUGCAUCCGUCCUCUUUGCUCGCAAAGCGGAUGGAACUCUUCGUCUCUGCAACGACUACCGCGAUCUCAACCGCUACACGGUUAAGAACAGCUACCUCAUGCCUCGCUCCGACGAGCUGUUCGACCCCCUAGCAGGCAACCGCUUCUUUACGAAGAUUGAUCUUCAUAGCGGUUACCAUCAGAUCCGCGUCGCUGCAGUAGACCAGCCGAAGACAGCGUUCCGAUCGCACUUCGGCCACUAUGAGUUUACGGUGAUGCCAUUCGGCCUCACCAACGCACCCGCUACCUUCCGGAGGGCGAUGAACGAUAUCUUCAGGGACAUCGUGGAGCAGUACGUUCUCGUCUACCUCAACGAUAUCCUGGUCUACAGUCGUACCCUUGAGGAGCAUCUCAGACACCUCCGUGACGUCCUUUACCGCUUGCGCAGACAUGACUUCUAUGCCAAGCUGAGCAAGUACCGCUUUGCCCAGCACAAAGUUGAUUUCUUAGGACACUGCGUGUCUGACCAGGGUCUCCACAUGGAUGACGAGAAGAUCACUGCUAUUGCGGAGUGGCCCGCCCCCACAUCCGCCAAGCAGCUUCGCAGCUUCUUAGGCCUUACUAGCUACUAUAGUAAUUUCAUCCAGGGAUACGAUAGGUAUUCCUACGUCCUUACCUCCACCCUCCUCCGGAAGAACCCGCCCUGGGCUUGGACACCCCUCCACGAGGAUGCCUUCUGCGCCCUCAAGAAGGCGGUGACAUGCGCACCGGUUCCUCAUCUAUCUGAUUUUGAUCGCCCUUUUAUCCUUACCACCGAUGCGUCAUACUUUGCUGUAGGAGCAGUGCUUUCUCAGUUUUUCCCCUCCUCCCCUGAUUCCUCUCAUCCUCGUAUCCCUCGCUUCCCACCACCUACCCCUACCACUGCUUCCCGACUAACGCCUACUCGUCUAGCUACUAACGAGCCGUCUAUUGACUAUUCUCCUACGAUCGCCGAGGACGGCACUGUCGAGUCUUGCUCAGGUGAUUGUCUGAUAGUCUUCUACUCCCGUCAGCUCCUGCCCGCUAAGAUAAACUACACCGCUGAUAAACGUGAGUCCAUCUCGAUGGACUUUAUCGGUCCUCUUCGUCCUUCGACCCCCCGCGGUCAUGAUGCUAUCCUGGUCGUCGUCGACCGCUUCACGAAGCGUGCAUGCUUUGUUCCGUGCCGCUAUGCCAUCAGUGCACGUGAGGUCGCCGACACAGUGUUUGACCGAGUCGUGCUUGACCACAACUUACCUUUGAGCAUCAUAUCUGACCGUGACUCGCGCUUUACCAGCCGAUUCUGGAGACGGCUCCACGAGGUGUAUGACACUCAGCUCCGCUUCUCCUCGUCUUACCAUCCCCAGACUGAUGGUCGGACCGAGAUCACGAAUAGGACUCUCGGAGAUAUUCUCCGAAAGAUUGUUCGUGAUGACCAGCAGUGGGAUCUCCAUCUUGCCCACGCGGAGAUAGCCUACAACCACGACGUUUCGCUAGCCACGGGGAUGUCGCCUUACUAUUGCGACCUUGGCUAUCACCCUCCUGUUCCCACGGAUUCUUCGACCGUCACAGAUACACCCCGACACGAGUGUUUCUUGCACUGGAUGGCUGGGUUGCACACAUGACAUCGAUCAUGAAAAUUGCACAUGAACACAUAGCCGCGUCCCAGACUCG